AGAAAACAACAAAUAAAUGGUGUGGCCGAGGGAGAUAGAAUGGCCUUAACUAGAAAGAAUUGUUUCAUCAGCCAAGUAUGGCUACCAAGAACCUUGUCCCCAUAUCAUCACUAAGGCCACCAGACUUUUCCACCACCACCACUGGAAAACACCCAAAAUUCAGCACAUUUUCUCCAAGAAGAAAACCCUCCUCCAUUUCUUUAGCCACCAGUUCACCGGAAUCAUCCCCAGAAAUUCUUGAAAAGCCCGAAAUCGAGCUAGAAUUCAUUGGGCCUAAAGCAGGUGCAGAUGGGAAGUUCCCAGUGGAGAAAGCCAAAGCUAUAAGUGGAGAGAAGCUGCUGAGGAAUAUCAUGUUGGAUAACAAGAUUGAGCUCUAUGCCACGUAUGGAAAGCUGAUGAAUUGUGGGGGAGGUGGAAGUUGUGGAACCUGCAUUGUUGAGAUAGUUGAUGGAAAGGAUCUAUUGAGUGAGAGGACGAAUACAGAAUUUCGAUAUCUUAAAAAGAAGCCAGAGUCUUGGAGGUUGGCUUGCCAAACAAUUGUUGGAAAUAAAGAGAACUCUGGAAAGGUAGUGGUCCAGAGAUUGCCUCAGUGGAGAAAGUGAUACAAGAAAAUUAGACCACUAAGCACAGACAGCAGGGAAUUCACCAAGAGGAGAAGAAAGAGGAGUGUCUUGUUUAGUGACUUGCAAUCAGAACAAUUUUGGAGAUGCCUUGGUGGAAAACAACGGUAAAGGAAUUAGUUAAUUGUUCAACAGUGACAAAUAUUAGCAGGUUUCUAUUGGCAAGAUGAAGUGCUUAAAUUUGCUUUAAUUGACUAAUGAGGACAAAAUAGAAAACAGAAAACCAGCCCUUCAAUGUUUUACUAAUAGAACAGCAUUUUAGCAGAUUCUUAAA